UUCGACGGUGUGUUUUGAUCUGAUUGGCAGUGGUCAUCAGUGUCGUAUUCUAAUGAACAGGAGCAUUUUGCUCUACAAUUUUAUGAAUUUUCUCCGAAGAGUUUUGGUAAGAUAAUCAAUAAUCUUAUCAAUUUUGCCACCUCGCUGGCACAGUAUUACUUGACCGAGUGGUGAGAUAGCUAUGAAUAUCACAACCGCAAUCGUAUCUGCUGGUGAUGGUACAAUACAAUGCUCCCUCCUGUGAAUAUUUCGGCCAAGAUAGUAGUGCUGUUCGCCCUAGUUUUUCUACUUAGUUCAAUUGCGAUAGUUCAUAGUGGAGCGAAUAAUCUGCACAUGCACGAUGGAGCUCGCACGCAGGACAUCAUAGCUGGUGACGUGUUCUUCGAAAUUGUCGACCCACCGGAGCUGGAGUACACCUAUCGGAUAAGGCCGGCGAAGGAUUUUGGGACAUCGUUCGAGUCCGCUUCCUUCAGAGUUCGGGAAGGAAAACUGGUUCCAGCGAUUCCACCGGACGCCUGUGAGCCCAAUUUCUUAAACAAGAAUGAUCUGAAGGGGAAUAUCGUUCUAGUGGAACGUGGAGAAUGCUCCUUUGUGACCAAAGCAAUAAACGUCGAGCAGGUCGGCGGCCGGGCGGUUAUCAUCACGGAGAUCGACUCCAGCUCGGAUGACUACGACUACUACAUCGAGAUGAUCCACGAUAAAACCGAUCGGGACACCAACAUUCCGGCUGCCUUUCUGCUGGGCAGAAACGGACACAUCAUUCGAAAGACGCUGGCUAAACUAAACCUCCCGUAUGCGCUUAUCAACUUGCCGGUGAACUUGACAUUCGUGGCACCGCAUGAGAUUAAUCAACCGCCGUGGUUGCAGUGGUAGUCGGCAUCUAGAGGAGGGGCUAGUAUUUGCAGUAUUUUAAGUUCGUGAUGCUUCGUCUAACCCAGUGAUGUGUGAGUGAGAUCAAUGGUCCCAGUGUGAUAUUCACUUUGAAGAAAAAAAAGUUUAAAAAUAAAACAGUUAAUGGUAUUAGAAAGUAUGUUUUCAAACAGACUAAUUUUCUAGUCAAGCUGUGAGGAACAAGAAACGAUAAGCAACAACAGAAGACAAUUGCAAUAAACUUACUGUAGGAGCAGUUUAUCAAAA